UGUCAAAGUCAACAACAGUCCCCCUCCAACGCUACCAAACCUCCCGAGCCGAAGAACACCAAACUUCCCCUCCGAUCCCCUUCAAAUACUCCGGCCGGACUCGUCGGAGAGCCGCCGCGCGCAAUUGAGUGAGCCUUCUCGAGGAAGGAAGGGGGCGAGUCUGGCCGCCGUCGCCAUGACCAAGCCACAGCAGCAAUCGCCCCCUUCCACCACAGCCACCACCACCACCUCACCUCCUCCACCACCGCCCUCCACUCCGCCCCCCGCCUCCUCCUCCUCCUCCUCUUUAGCUAAGCUCCCUCUCCGCCUCCACUCUCUCGCCUCCUCCUCCCGCUCCCUCCUCUCCGCGCUGCGCCGCUCCCCGGUCACCACCCUCGUCGCCGCCUUCUUCCUCCUCGCCCUCUUCAUGUACGGCGAGGACGUCCGCACCCUCGCCGAGCUCUCCAUCGACGACUACCUCUAUCCCGACGCCGAUUUCUACAACGUCUCCGCCCUUCCCCCUCUCCUCCUCCCCCCGCCCACCUGCGACCUCUCCCGCGGCCGAUGGGUAUUCGACAACACCUCCCUCCCGGCCUACAGGGAGAAGGAAUGCACCUUCCUCACCAAGCAGGUCUCCUGCCUCGCCAAUGGCCGCCCCGACGACCUAUGGCAGUACUGGCGCUGGCAACCCAACAACUGCUCGCUCCCCACGUUCGACGCGCGGCGGUUCAUGGAGAAGAUGCGGGGGAAGAGGAUGAUGUUCGUGGGGGACUCGCUGAAUCGGAACCAGUGGGAGUCGCUGGUGUGCCUGGUGCAGCCCAUCCUAUCCAAGGGCAGGAAGAAGAUCGUCAAGCGCGGUUCCUUCAACAUCUUCUACGCCAAGGAGUAUCGCGCCACCCUCGAGUUCUACUGGGCUCCAUUCCUCGUCGAGUCCAACUCCGACAACCCCAAUUUCCACCACAUCGACCAGCGCAUCAUCAGCCCUGAGCGGAUCGAGAGCCAUGCCAACAACUGGAAGGACGUUGAUUACCUCAUCUUCAACACCUACAUCUGGUGGAUGAACAACGAAGACAUCAAAGUCAGGAGGCCAAAUUCAACUUCUUGGUCAGAUCACGACGAGGUGCCAAGGAUCGAGACCUAUGGCCGUGUGUUCAAGACUUGGUCGACCUGGCUGGAACAGAAUGUUGAUCCUGCCAGGACUUCGGUGUUCUUCAUGACAAUUUCUCCUCUUCACAACAGCCCAGCACAAUGGGGGAACCCGAACGGGAUCAAAUGUGUAAAGGAGACACUUCCAGUCCUCAACUACACCAAGCCACUGGAUCUCAACCACGACAUGCGUAUGUACGACCUGGUAGCAAAAGUUGCUAAAAACAUGAAGAAUGUUCCAGUGUCGUUGAUCGACAUCACAAGGAUGUCAGAUUACAGGAAGGAUGCCCACACAUCAUUGUAUUCCAUCCGUCAAGGUAAACUGUUGACACCGGAGCAGAAGGCUGACCCACAGAAGUACGCUGACUGCAUCCAUUGGUGCCUUCCUGGGGUACCAGACGUCUGGAACCAGAUACUUUACACCAGGAUCCUCUCCAAAUCCUCCCCUCCAUCCCCACAUCCCCCUCUCCCUCCACAAUGAGAAGCAGGGAGCAUGAUUUUUUUUUGCCCCAUCGUAUACUAUAUAGGAAAUGUACCAUUACUAUUCAAUUUUUUUGGUAGUUUGGUGAAGAAAAUCAAGCUAUAGAGAGAAAAAGGAUGGAGUGGGCUGUUUACUGAUGGCAUGUAAAAUCGUUCAAUUGAAUUGUAAAUUAGUUUUGAGCUAACCAAUUGAGCAAACAGCACUGUUGUAGACACAUGGUACUCUGGACUGUGAAAUAGCUGCCGAUACAUAUAUACAGGGGGGGCACAGUGAUUAAUCUGAGAUCAAUUUGUUAUUA